AUGUCUACACCCUGCGAGUGCUGCCGCAGGAAGAGCCCUUUCCGCUCCAAAGCCGCUGCCUUGUGUCCUCCCUCCUCCCCGGUGGUCUUGGAGGAGGUCGCAGUCUCGGCUGUAGGUGGGGAGGUGCAGCAGGUGCCCCAGGGUCCGGAACCCUGCGGCCCCUCGGGCCGUGUGGCUCUGAGAAGGCAGCAGCUCCCUGUGGGCCGCAGCCCUGACACUCCGUCUUCUCUCCGGCUCAGCCACCCCACGUCCUGCUGCAGCGCUGCCGAGAUCAUGUCCGUGCUGUUCUUCCACACCAUGCGCUACAAGGCCCAGGACCCCCGAAACCCCCACAACGACCGCUUUGUGCUCUCCAAGGGCCAUGCUGCUCCCAUCUUGUAUGCCGUCUGGGCGGAAGCUGGCUUCCUGCCAGAGGCGGAACUGCUGAACCUGCGGAAGAUCAGCUCCGACCUGGAUGGGCACCCCGUCCCGAAACAAGCCUUCACUGAUGUCGCCACCGGCUCCCUGGGCCAGGGCCUCGGGGCUGCCUGCGGGAUGGCCUUCACUGGAAAAUACUUUGACAAAGCCAGCUACCGCGUCUACUGCAUGCUGGGUGAUGGGGAGCUGUCCGAGGGCUCUGUGUGGGAGGCCAUGGCCUUCGCCAGCAUCUACAAGCUGGACAACCUCGUCGCCAUUCUUGACAUCAACCGCCUGGGCCAGAGCGACCCGGCGCCCUUGCAGCACCAGGUGGAGGUCUACCAGAAGCGCUGUGAGGCCUUCGGCUGGCACGCCGUCAUCGUGGACGGCCACAGCGUGGAGGAGCUCUGCAAGGCCUUCGGCCAGGCCAAGCACCAGCCCACGGCCAUCAUCGCCAAGACCUUCAAGGGCCGAGGGAUUGCCGGGGUCGAGGAUAAGGAGUCUUGGCAUGGAAAGCCGCUCCCCAAAAACAUGGCAGAGCAGACGGUCCAGGAGAUCUACAGCCUGAUCCAGAGCAAGAAGAAGAUCCUGGCCACGCCCCCGCAGGAAGACGCCCCCGCAGUGGACAUCACCAACAUCCGCAUGCCCUCCCCGCCCAGCUACAAAGUUGGGGACAAGAUAGCCACCCGCAAGGCCUACGGGCAAGCCCUGGCCAAGCUGGGCCAUGCCAGUGACCGCAUCAUCGCCCUGGACGGAGACACCAAGAACUCCACCUUCUCGGACCUCUUCAGAAAGGAGCACCCCGACCGCUUCAUCGAGUGCUACAUCGCAGAGCAGAACAUGGUGAGCCUCGCCGUGGGCUGUGCCACACGCAGCCGGACAGUGCCCUUCAUCAGCGCAUUUGCGGCCUUCUUCACACGGGCCUUCGACCAGAUCCGCAUGGCGGCCAUCUCCGAGAGCAACAUCAACCUGUGUGGGUCCCACUGCGGUGUGUCCAUCGGGGAAGACGGGCCCUCUCAGAUGGCCCUGGAAGACCUGGCCAUGUUCCGCUCCAUCCCCAUGUCAACUGUCUUUUACCCAAGCGAUGGCGUUUCUACCGAGAAGGCAGUGGAGUUAGCCGCCAAUACCAAGGUUGAGAAGAUCAGUAUCCGGGUGUUAGACCCCUUCACCAUCAAGCCCCUGGACGUGAAGCUCAUCCUGGAGAGUGUCCGGGCCACCAAAGGCAGGGUCCUCACGGUGGAGGACCAUUACCACGAAGGUGGCAUAGGGGAGGCGGUGAGCUCCGCCAUCGUGGGCGAGCCUGGUGUUGCUAUCACCUGCCUGGCUGUCAGCAAGGUCCCCAGAAGCGGGAAGCCGAUGGAGCUGCUGAAGAUGUUUGGCAUUGACAGAGACGCCAUCGCUCAAGCUGUGAGGGACCUGGUCGCCAGGGCCUAGGGCGGCCGGGCUCUGCACACGCCGAGGGCCGCAGACUGGUAUGGGCAGGAGGGUGGAUUAAAUGUACGUUUCAGAAAA